AGGUCGGAGAGGAGGAGGGGCUGCAGAGAAGCUGAAGCGGAGAACAGCAGCGCAGCUGGAGCCUGGAAAAGUUUACUUAAAAGAGAAGCCUGUCUUCAGAAUAAAGACAACUUUUCAGAGACAGAGGUGGCCCAAGAGAAGGGGAAGGAGAUGGAAGAGCAGGACUCAGAAGGACCUGGAACUGACAAGAGAGCAAGCAAAAGUCUACAUCCCACCCCAGCUGGGAGUGGUGUUGAAUUCUGGGAAAGGGCUGUGCCAGAGGUCCUGGCUAAGAACACCCUGACCUCAGAAGUAUGUUGCCAAUGUUUCCGGCAGUUCCGCUACCUUGAGGCCAAUGGGCCCCAAGAGGUUUGCAGCCAGCUCCAUGGACUUUGCAGCCAGUGGCUGACGCCGGAGAAGCACACCAAGAAGCAGAUCCUGGACCUGGUGAUCCUGGAGCAGUUCCUGACUCUCCUGCCCCAGGAAAUGCAGGGCUGGGUCAGAGGAUGUGGACCGGAGACCAGUUCUCAGGCGGUGGCCCUGGCCGAAGGUUUCCUCCUGAGUCAGGCAGAGGAGAAGAGGCAGGCAGAACAGAUGCGGGGACCACCUUUGGAGAUGGAAGCUGCAAUCCCUGAGGCAGAAGGAGCUUCCUUGGAGCAGGGGCAGAGGGUGCAGGCGGUGGAGCGUGCCCAAGAUGCCCUCUCCUGUGGAACAGGCAGUGAAGAGAUGCUGUUGAGCCGUUAUCUUAUCCAAGAUGUGGGAACAGUCGCUGCACCUGCAAUCCAGGGUCCCUUUUCCUUGGAGGAGGUGUCCGUCUCUUUCACGGAGGCAGAGUGGGCCCUGCUGUGUCCGGGACAAAGAGCUCUGUACAGGGAAGUCAUGCUGGAGAACUAUAGGAACAUGGCCUCUCUGGAAGCCAGAAGCAUAAGAGAAACUGUGGUGGAGAAAGAGAAUGGUCUUGCAUUCAAAGAAAGUUUGCAGAGUUCUUCUAGAGGAUCCCAAGAGCAUAUCUCCUUCCCAUUUGAGCUAGUUCAGACAAAGAAUCAUCAGAGGAAUGAGGAGGGUGGGAAACAUCAUCAGGAAAUACCGGAUGGAGUUGAAAAUGAAGACUUGAACAAAAAUGUCAGGAAUCGAAGCAGAAUAAAGAGAAAGAAAGGUGGCUGUAUGAUUGAGAAGUGUGAUGGAAAACAGAGGAAUAUACAUUUUCCAAAGCACAGGAAAAUGAAAGUAAGUAAAUCCAUUCAGUUCAGAAAUAAUUUCAGAAAUAAAUCACAGCUUCUUCUGCACCAAACAAUAAAGAGAGAGGAGAAACCCCCUGAAUACUCAGGGACCAUGAAUAAAUUCAGUCUCAGUGACAAUCUUCAACAGCAUCAGAGAAUCCACCCAGGGGAGAAGCCUUUUGAAUGCUUUGAGUGUGGAAAGAGAUUCGGUCAGAGUGGCAGUCUUCAAAAGCAUCAGAGAACCCACACAGGGGAGAAACCUUUUGAGUGCUCAGAGUGUGGAAAGAGAUUCAGUACGAGUGGCAGCCUUCAAAAUCAUCAGAGAGCCCACACAGGGGAGAAGCCUUUUGAAUGCUCAGAGUGUGGAAAGAGAUUUAUGUGGAGUGGCACUCUUCAAAGGCAUCAAAGAACCCACACAGGGGAGAAGCCUUUUCAAUGUUCAGAGUGUGGAAAGAGAUUCAGUACGAGUGGCAGUCUUCAAACACAUCAGAGAACCCACACAGGGGAGAAACCUUUUGAAUGUUUAGAGUGUAAAAAGACAUUCAGUCAGAGUGGCCAUCUUCAAAGGCAUCAGAGGACCCACUCAGUGGAGAAGCCUUUUGAAUGCUCAGAGUGUGGAAAGAGAUUUAGGACAAGUGGCAGUCUUCAAAAGCAUCAGAGGACCCACACAGGGGAGAAGCCUUUUGAAUGCUCAGAAUGUGGAAAGGGAUUCAGUCAGAGUUACAAUCUUCAAUAUCAUCAGAGAAUCCACACAGGGGAGAAGCCUUUUGAAUGUUCAGAGUGUGGAAAGAGAUUCAGUCAGAGUGGCAAUCUUCAAUAUCAUCAGAGAACUCACACAGGGGAGAAGCCUUUUGAAUGUUCAGAGUGUGGAAAGAGAUUCAGUCAUAGUGGAAAUCUUCAAUAUCAUCAGAGAACCCACACAGGGGAGAAGCCUUUUGAAUGCUUGGAGUGUGGAAAGAGAUUCAGUCAGAGUGGCAAUCUUCAAUAUCAUCAGAGAACCCACACAGGGGAGAAGCCUUUUGAAUGCUCAGAGUGUGGAAAGAGAUUCAGUCAGAGUGGCAGUCUUCAAUAUCAUCAGAAAAUUCACAUAGGGGAGAAGCCUUUUGAAUGCUUGGGGUGCGGAAAGAGAUUUAGUACAAGUGGCAGUCUUCAAUAUCAUCAGAGAACCCACACAGGGGAGAAGUGUUUUGAAUGCUCAGAGUGUGGAAAGAGAUUCAGUAAGCGUUGUUAUCUUCAAUAUCAUCAGAGAACCCACACAGGGGAGAAGCCUUUUGAAUGCUUGGAGUGCGGAAAGAGAUUUAGUAUGAGUGGCAGCUUUCAGUGUCAUCAGAGAACCCACACAGGGGAGAAGCCUUUUGAAUGCUCAGAGUGUGGAAAGAGAUUCAGUAAGAGUGGCAAUCUUCAAUAUCAUCAGAGAACCCACACAGGGGAGAAACCUUUUCAAUGUUCAGAGUGUGGAAAGAGAUUCAUUCAGAGUAGCAGUCUUCAAAAGCAUCAGAGAACCCACACAGGGGAGAAGCUUUUUGAAUGCUCAGUGUGUGGAAAGAGAUUCAGUCAGAGUGGCCAUCUUCAAAAGCAUCAGAGAACCCACAGAGAGGAGGAGGUUUUGUACGAGUGGCAAUCUUCAGUAUCAUCAGAGAACCCACACAGGGGAGAAACCUUUUGAAUGUUCAGAGUGUGGAAAGGGAUUCGUGUGGAGUUUCAGUCUUCAAAGGCAUCAGAGAACCCACACGGGGGAGAAACCUUUUGAAUGAUCAAAGUGUGGAAAGAGACCCAAAGGAUAACCUUUCUAAUCCUCAAUGCCCGUCCAUGGCUCUCCACACCUGGACUUGGAAAUGGCACUAAGGUAGGCUUUCAUGAUAGAGGGACACCAUCUCAAUGAAUGAGACAUACACUGAACUUGCUGAAGAGCUGUUGGCCCAUCAGCCUCCUUUACUGCAGUGGCAGCUGUUCUCCCAUGUAGCCCGAUGAGGGUAAGGGGAGCAGGCAAUGGGACAGGCCCCAGAAGAAGCAAGGACAGACUACUGCAUUGGAGAAUCCAAACGGGAGAAACCUUCUGAGUGCUCGGAGUGAGAGAGAAGAUUCAUUUAGAGUGGCACUCUUCAGCUGAAUCCUUGAUCCCAUGCAUGGGGAGAAAAUGUUGAAAAGGGAAUCAGAAAGUGUGACAGUGUUCAAAAGAUUAAAAGAAUAAAGA